AUGUAUGUGUCGGUUAACGUUGUAGCCUUUGGGAGUGAAAGGGACGGGUUUUCCGAGGACAGUCAGCGGCCGAGCCUGAUCCGGAGCUAUCUCGGGAGAAGCGCUCUGGUUUCCCAGAUCGACAGCAGCUCGUCUGCCAGCCACGUCGGAAACCCAGUUUUUAACGAAUACCAAGCCUGUGUGUUUGGAAAUGUCAAACUGGUGGUUCACGACUGUCCUGUCUGGGAUUUAUUUGACAGCGACUGGUACACCUCUCGCAGUCUCAUUGGAGGAGCUGAUAUUAUUGUGAUUAAAUACUCUGUGAAUGACAAGACCUCAUUUCAAGAAGUAAAGGACAGUUAUGUCCCAAUGAUUAAAAAAGCGUUAAACCACUGUUCGGUUCCAGUAAUAAUUUCUGCUCUCGGCGCAAGAAAAAACGGAGUGCCUUGCACCUGCCCCCUGUGCACGUCAGACAGGAGGAACUGUGUCACCACCUCCGAGGGAAUUCAGCUUGCCAAGGAACUGGGAGCCACUUACCUCGAACUGCACACUCUUAACGACUUCUACAUCCAGAAGUACUUUGGAGGAGUGCUGGAAUAUUUCAUGAUCCAGACGUUGAAUCAGAAGUCAUCUGCAAAAAUGAAGAAAAGGGAGAAGACACAGAAGCGCCGUCGAGUUCAGCCCCCUCAGCUUGAACAGCCAGAAAAAAUGCCGAUCUUAAAGGGCGAAGCAUCACACUACGACGCGGACCUGCACAACCUGCUCUGCUGCUGCCAGUGCGCGGACGUGGCGUUCUACCCUGAGGACCUCAGCACGGUGGUGGAGGCUCACAAGAUCAUCCUCUGCUCUGUCAGCCACCUCUUCAUGCUGCUCUUCGAGGUGAAGAGCCCCACCGACAUCCGCGACGCCUCCAUCGUGCAGAUGGCGCAGAGCCUCUUCGCGGUGGAGGCAGGGGCCACCUUUUCCCCGCUGCCCCGCAGCGUCCCGCCCUGCGUCCCACCAGUGAAGGUGGUGGUGAAGGACUCUGUCUUCUGCUCUUGUCUCCCAGACAUCCUCCACUUCAUUUACUCAGGUGCUUUCCAGUGGGAACAAUUAGAAGAGGACAUAAAAAAGAAGUUGAGGGAUCCAGAAAAAACUGAACAUGUGCUUGAGAAAGUUAAAUGUAUCCUGAAAACUCCAGGAAAGCUAAGCACUGUAAAGGACUGCAGACCUCACCAGAUAAAACAGCUGUAUAGCACUUCUCUCAGGCUGUUCUUCAACACACCUGUCCUUGCUGACGUCAUCUUCAAAAUACAAGGUGCAACUGUACCAGCCCACAGAGCAGUUCUGGUAGCUCGCUGUGAGGUAAUGGCAGCUAUGUUUAAUGGUAAUUAUCUAGAAGCAAAUAGUAUUCUGGUUCCAGUGUACGGGGUUUCCAAAGACACUUUCCUCUCCUUUCUAGAGUACCUUUAUACCGACUCCUGCUGCCCAGCCAGUAUUCUCCAAGCUAUGUCUCUCUUGAUCUGUGCAGAGAUGUACCAAGUAAUGAGGCUCCAGCAUAUUUGUGAGCUUUACAUUAUCACGCAGCUUCAGAGCAUGCCUAGCAGGGAACUGGCGUCCACAAGUCUCAGUAUUGUUAGCUUGCUCAAAAAAGCUAAGUUUCACAAUUCUGAUUGCCUUUCAACUUGGCUUCUUCAUUUUAUUGCCACUAACUACCUCAUCUUCAGUCAAAAGCCUGAAUUUCAAGAUCUUUCAGUGGAGGAGCGCGAUUUCGUGGAGACGCACAGGUGGCCUUCUGAGUUGUACCUGAAGCAGCUCGCUGACUACAGGAGCUACGUCCACUCUCAGAAAUGCCACUGCGCAGUAAUGUGA